UCAGGCUGAGUAGAAGUCUCAGUUUACCUCUUGCAUCGAAAGUGUCGUGUGCCUAGUUCGGUUUCGAAAAUAUUGAAAAAAAAAAUAAAUUUUUUUCUUCAAAAUUAAUUGUUGUAUUUGUGGCUUCGUGGCUGUGUUUUAUGUUCGUGAACUUCGUUGAAGAGACAUACAUGUUAAAUUCCAAUUAAUUCUGAUCCAUGAUUUGAUUGGUCCCACUUCAAAAAUUGUGAUUAAGCUUUCUUCGGCGCACAUACGAAAUUUCGCAGUCUAACUAAAUCUGUUCGACCUUCGACCGGGGAUCUUAAAGUUUAAACAAGUAUUAGGGGAUUUUAAAUUUUUGGCAAAAGCUUCAUAGAGAUGAACAAGUUAAGGAAUUUCCUGCUCAAGACGGUCGUCCACCGUCGCCUGCCGCAUCUACAUACCGUACGUCAUUCCUGCGGCGAGGGACGAAGUGGCCGGGGCCUCGUUGUCGGUGUCUAUCAAAAGGAAGGUGACAAGGACCCCAAGCUGACGCCCACAGGCGAGAAGGUCAACGACCGUGUCCAAGGGAAGCUUAACGACUUGAUAUGCGAGACCAAGAUCACGGGUCGCCUUGGACGCGGCAAAGUCUUCAACAAUAUCGAUCAAGAGUUCCGCAGUCUGGCGAUCGUGGGUGUCGGCCUCGAGGGGAUCGGCUUUAACGAGCUGGAGAUGCUGGACGAGGGCAUGGAGAAUGUUCGUGUAGCAGCCGGCAUUGGUGCUCGUUCUUUGCAGGCUAUUGGGGUCACCGAAGUAUUUGUGGAUGGCAUGGACUAUGCUGAACAGGCGGCUGAAGGUGCUGCCUUGGCCGUUUGGCGCUACGCAGAUACCAUGUCGAAGCGCGAACGACCAAACGUUCCCAAGCUAGACCUCUAUGACUCACCGGAUGUGGACAGCUGGACGCGUGGCAUCUUCAAGGCGGAAGCUCAGAACCUGGCCCGGCGGUUAAGCGAUGCCCCCGCCAAUUGCAUGACCCCCACCCUGUUCGCCCAGGCCACCGUGGAUGCCCUGUGCCCGUGCGGCAUUACAGUGGAGAUACGCACCAUGGAGUGGAUCGAACAGCAGCGCCUGAACUCGUUCUUGAUGAUUGCGAAGGGAAGCUGCGAGCCGCCCGUGCUGAUGGAGAUCAGCUACUGCGGCACCAAUCCCGAGGACAAGCCCAUCCUGUUCUUGGGCAAAGGCAUCACCUUUAACUCUGGAGCGCUUAACCUGCGUCCUUGCAAGGGCAUGGACGAGUACCGGGCUUGCAUGUCGGGGGCUGCCGCCUGCGUGGCCAUGAUGCGGUGCGUCGCUGCCUUGUCCCUGCCCAUUAAUGUGUGCUGCAUCAUACCUCUGUGCGAGAACAUGCCCUCGGGCAUGGCGUGCAAGCCAGGCGAUGUGGUCACCCUACUGAACGGUAGGUCAAUGGCGGUGAGAGAUUUGGACAAGGCUGGCGUAGUUGUGAUGGCCGAUCCUCUGCUUUACGGACAGUCGUCCUACAAGCCCCGCCUGGUCGUGGAUGUGGCGACUUUGGGCAUGGGCGUGAAGAAGGCCUUCGGCGGCGGUGCGACCGGCAUCUUCUCUAAUUCUCACUACAUCUGGAAACAGUUCCAGUCAGCAGGCGCACUUACUGGCGAUCGUGUCUGGCGUCUGCCCCUGUGGAACUAUUAUAAGAAGCAAAUCACCGACGAGAUGGGCUAUGACCUGAGCAACGAUGGCCGCGGUCUGGCCUGCUCUUGUCUGGGGGCUGCCGUCCUCCAUGAGCUUGUGCCCUGCGUGGACUGGGCCCAUUUAGAUACCAGAGGUACCGGACUCCUUACCAAAUAUGGUCUGAUUCCAUAUCUCACUGAAAAGCGGAUGACGGGAAGACCCACCCGCACCCUGGUUCAGUUCCUCUACCAAAUGGCCUGUCCCGCAGAUCGAAAGUAGUCUCAAUUGAUCUUGAAACGGCCAAUAUUGGGAGCACAUCUAUUAGGAUCUGAAUGACGUGGAGUCCGUUUUUUGUGUUCAAUGUGCUUGUCAACAUAAUAAUUGAAUAGCAAGUGACCCGUCAGUAAAAUUCAAUGUGAAAUUACAAAUUGUAGAUGUCCAUAUAAACUCAUGGAAAGAUGCGAGCUUGGUUAAUAAAACAAAAUCCUUUUAAAAAUA